AUGACGCUCAAAGACAUCUACCAGCAUUUCCUUGACGUGCCAAAUCCUAUCAGUCUCUCCGAGAAUGCCGCCCUCCACUACAUCACAACCUUGACCACCUUCACGCAACCUGGACCUAUCGUCCGCCAUCUAGAGUCUCAGAAUAGCAGGGUGGUCAAGACGAGAAGUGCACAAAUUGUUUCGGCGGUGGAGGCGUCGAAUGCUGUGGCCUUGGAGGUAGAGACUGUUCUGGAAUUCAUCUCAGGCGGAGGAACAUACUUGCCCGGACUUGAAGACUUCAUCCUGGACAAGAUAGCCACGAUUCCAACGACUCACAUCGUUUAUUUUGAUUCCGACCGAAAGAUCACUCAGAUUCGCAUCUCGUGGGACCAGGCGUCGCUGCUGAAGCAAGCCGAGGUCCUCGGUUCGAGGGGCAGCAACUGGCCAGUCUUUGACGGCAAAGACCAAAUCAGACUGAUCAAAACCGGCUCCAAUGCUGCUCCGAUCGCGGCCUCCCAGGCGACACGGAGCCCGCGCGGUAGGUUCGAGAAUGAAAACAUCGCGACCUCGCGCAGCGUGUCUCCCAGCAAGAAGCAUAUCAAGGACCCCUAUGCCAGCCUCGAUCUUUUCUCCCCGAAGUCCACCGAAGAAAGCCAUUCUCGCAUGGUCCCUAAUAACCCCGUCGCCCCACGCGCGUCAGCCAGACCUCCUCCGCGGGAAAUGAGUGAGCUCUUCGCAGCUGGCCAUGAAGACAACGAACCCGGUUCUCCAAAGAAGGCUCCGGCCGACGCGGUCGUCGCGCCCAAAGGAGGCGGGACCCAGAAAUACGGACCAUCACGCUUGUUUGCAGAAGAGUCGGAUGAGCCUGCGGCCGUCCCCUACAAGUCCAAUCCAGCCAAGUACAAUCACUUUGAUAUAGGCGAUAUCAUUGAGGAUGAUCCAAUGCAGUAUCGGGAGGACGCACCAAAUCCCGAGACAGCCAGACCGAUGCGCGGGAAAACGGGGAAGCACCAGUCCCAAUGGAAUUUCGAGGACUUUUCGACGCCAGCGAAGGCUGCCCAAAAGGUUCGGGGUCAGGACGUGGUGCAUUUCAGCCUGGAUGACAAUGCGGACAAUUUCGAGACUCCUGCCAAAAGGGCAACCGGACAGCCGCGGCGUAACAAUGAAUCUCAUUUCGAACUUCAGGACGGCGGCACCCCUGACACUAUGACGCCAGCUUCUACCCGCACUUUUGGCCGUCCCACCAGCAAAGCUGGUGAACGUCAGAAUCUGUAUACAAACAACUUGUAUGAUGAAACCGCAGAAGACGGACCCCAAGUGAAGGCGCCUUUGUCGGCGAUCACCACGAACACUCACCGCAAGACUGACUUCGAUAGUCACUGGACCAUGAACGACGAUUCGACCGCCACCGAGAAGGCGAACAACGAGAACAAGCCAGCUGGUGGCAACCAUAAGAAGGCGGUCCAAAAUAUGGGUUCGCACUGGGAUACAUACGAUCCGUCACUCGACGAGGUGCAGCAGCCACCCACUCAUGCUCACUUGAGGAAGGGUACGGAGAGUCAUUGGAGCAUGGGAGGCGAGGAGACACCGUCCAACAUCACCAAUGGCAGGGGUCAGGCUCAGAAGAGUUUCUGGGACUUUUGA